AUGUCAGCAAGUGACAUAGGGUAUAGCAUUACCACCAGCGAAUUCCCUCGUCAUUCAUCAGAUUCCUCAACAGUUUCAGGUUUGGGGAUCGACCCGGCCCUUCGCAUAAACCUCUUCGACGAACUGCAGCUUGGGGAGACGUACGCGGGAGUUUCCCAAGUUCGCGGAGCCCACAAUGACAGCCGGGCUUACCUGUUCCAAGACUCAUGGAGGAGUGUGCGUGCGUCUGCGGAGGUGGCCGAGGACGUGAUUGGCCGCCUGAGGGGGAAGGCGGAGCUUACGCUGCUGCUCACGCUCAAACAGGAGCGGCUGAAUACGGGCGUGUUGAUAUCUAUACAUUACGCAGAGCAGAGGUUCCUGGAACUGGAGAGUAGCGGUCCGCGUAGCGAGAUCCGUCUUCACUACAGCACGCGCGGCCGGCGUGCCCACACCGAGGUCUUCCCCUACAGCCUGGCUGACGACCGCUGGCACAAGCUCUCGCUGGGCAUCAGCGCAUCGCACCUGGUGCUGCACGUGGACUGCAGCAAGAUAUAUGAGAGGGUUGUGGAGCCUCCCUCUAUGGACAUCCCCAGUGGCAGCACCCUAUGGCUCGGACAGAGGAACAAAUCCCAUGGAUUCUUCAAGGGCAUCAUGCAGGAUGUGCAUCUAGUUCUGAUGCCCCAAGGCCACAUCUCCCAGUGCCCAGACCUCAACCGCACAUGCCCCACCUGUAAUGACUUCCACAGUCUGGUUCAGAAGAUCAUGGAACUGCAGGACAUACUGGCCAAGACCUCCAACAAGUUGAGUCAUGCGGAGGAGAAGAUGAGGAGUCUAGAUGGCUGCUUCUGUGAGAAGACCUGCAGCCUGGACGGGGAAACGUACCGUGAAGACGAGUCCUGGCUCGACGGCUGCAACAACUGCACAUGCUCAAAUGGCACAGUCCAGUGUGAAGCUAUCUUCUGUCCCCCUCCUCAGUGCCCGCCUGACAUGGCGCCAACAUACAUGCCAAACGCCUGCUGCAAAGAGUGCCAACCUGUGUGUCUGUUUAGAGGCCGUGUGUACGUGGAGGGAGAGAGGAAGAGUGUGCGGGACCUGGCAGGGAACUGCCUGCUGUUCGAAUGUCAGGAGCGCUCGAUGCGCAGGGUGGAGAAUGCUGCGUGUCCUGAACUGAACUGUCCGGAGUCGGAGCAGAUAAUACUGACAGACCGCUGCUGCAAAGUCUGCAGAGGUCAUGACUUCUGUGCGGAGGGUCAUAGCCAGGCGUGUGUUGAGAACUCGGACUGCGUUAACUUGGAGGCUGGCGCCUGCUGCAGUUGCAAAGAUGGCUUCCGGGCCCUACGAGACGACAGUGCCUACUGCCAAGAUAUUGAUGAGUGUGCGGAGGGGAAGCAUUACUGCCGUGAGAAUACAGCGUGUGUCAACACUCCGGGAUCCUUCAUGUGCAUCUGCCAAGCUGGAUUCAUACGUAUCGACGACUACUCCUGCACCGAGCAUGACGAGUGUGCGACUGGCGGAGAUGACUGUGAUGAGAACGCGUUGUGCUUCAACACAGUGGGAGGACACAGCUGCUCCUGCAAACCAGGAUAUACAGGAAACGGCACCGUCUGCAGACCACUGUGUGAUGGCCUGUGUCAGAACGGAGGCUCGUGCAUGUCCCCGGACACCUGUGUGUGCCAGCAAGGCUUCACCGGGAAGAGAUGUGAGACAGAUAUCGAUGAGUGUGCUAAUGGCUUCGUGGAGUGUGACAGUCGAGCCACCUGCAUCAACCUGCCCGGAUGGUACCACUGUGAAUGCCGCGAUGGUUACCACGACAACGGCAUGUUCUCAGCCAAUGGGGAGUCUUGUGAGGACAUAGACGAGUGUGAGAGUGGGCGCCAUAGUUGUUCCAAUGACACGGUGUGUUUCAACAUGGACGGGGGUUACGACUGCAGGUGCCCCCACGGCCACAACUGUACUGGAGACUGCAGCUACGAGGGGAAGGUCAAACACAACGGGCAGAUCUGGGUACUGGACAACGAUCGCUGCUCUGUAUGCUCCUGCCAGAACACUCAGGUGUUGUGUCGGAGGAUGGUGUGUGACUGUGAGAACCCCACAGCGGACCUCUUCUGCUGCCCCGAGUGUGACGCUCGCCUCAGUUCCCACUGCCUCCACCAGAACGGCCUCCUCACAUACAGCAACGGGGACACCUGGGUGGAGAACUGCCAACAGUGCCAAUGCCUGCGUGGUGAGGUGGACUGUUGGCCGGUGUCGUGCCCGCCGCUGUCGGACUGCGAGUUCACGGCGCUGGUGCCCGAGGGCGAGUGCUGCCCGCGCUGCGUGCCCGACCCCUGCCUGGCGACGGACCACCGCCUUAGCGACGAAGCCCACGGCAACGUGGACAACCACCUCCUUAGCAACCACAUGGGCACCAAGGGCUGUGUGGACGAUCAUGGAGUAACGAGACUCAGCGGCUCGGCUUGGACCAAACACGGCACCGAGUGCAGUCUCUGUCAGUGCAAGAAUGGACAUGUGUGCUGCUCAGUGGAUCCCCUAUGCCUAUAGUUCUACGAGGACAGAGCCC